AUGGCCAACUCUAUCCUCCUCUCGCGAUCCCCUCAGCACAAGACCUUCUCAGCGACAGCAAAUGUGUACGCACCUCUCAAUGACGCCAAAACAGGAAUCCGCGUACUCGAACUUCAACCGGGACAAUGGCACGAGGAGCUUCGAGGGACUCUUCGGAUCGUAUCUCUGAAGACGAACCCUCUCUACGAGGCUCUAUCAUACACCUGGGGAGCCCAAACACAGAGCGGACCACGAGAGCCUAGUCGAGGUGGCCGCACUCUCAUCAACGACAAUCUGUACUAUGCUCUCCGACGCUUACGCUGGCGAGCCGCUGUCCGGACAUUGUGGAUCGAUGCUUUGUGCAUUAAUCAGCAGAAUGACGAUGAGAAGGGUCACCAGGUUGCGAUCAUGGGCAAGAUCUACAGACUUGCUACUACGGUGUUCGUUUGGCUUGGCGAAUACCCCAAUGCUCAAGCCAAAGACGAGCGCGACACACUUACGCCGCACUGGGGCCGAUUCUCUCGCUUGAAUUCCCGGGGGAAGAAGUUCGCUGAGCUUCUCGACUCGACACUUCAGCAUGCACAACCGAAAUGGCACGAUAGGGCAUGGAUCGUCCAGGAGUUUGUGCUGGCUCGAAGAGCGAUCUUCUGCUUUGGCCCAAUCAGCUUUCCGUUCGACAAGCUGUACUUGCAAGAUCUUACCGAGCGGCUGCCACGACAGAUGGAUCACCUACUCGCUUUCUUCUACCGGAUCUCCGACAUGGUCAAGCUUGAGAUUGGGAUCAGGAAUAAUGGGGUCCAGAGCAUUCACGACGUCGUGCUCUACACCAGCACAGCAUCCUGCAAGAAUCCCUCAGACAAGGUCUACAGCGUCCUCAGUCUGAUCGAUCCGAAAGAAGCUUCGAUGAUGCCGGUCGACUACCGCCUGUCUCCGGUACAGGUCUUUGCUCGAGCAACGUAUGCGGCCAUCGUAGUGCAAAGAACCUUCGCCAUUCUUGAGCUCAUCGGCUUCAAGAACACUUCCGUCCACCGGCAGUCAUCUUGGACAGUUGACUUCACCUCCGAACAAGACUCCAUGGACGGACAGCUGCACAUCUAUCUCAAGCAAGGCAUCGACUGGUCCGCUGAGCGCUACAGCAUUCACCAGUGCGUUUCACUGAGCGCGGACGCUCGAUACUUGACAGUCACAGGCUACACUCUAAGCAAGAUCGGCAGCGUCCUGCCAUUACCGAACGCAAGCCUGAAUGCUUCCGGCGACACAGCUGUGCAGUUUGCUGCUCAUUUGAGUAGCCUUCUGCAAUCCACCUUCCAUCACCACUACUCCACCUCAGCUCACAUUCCCGACGCUAGAAGCGUCCUCACCAAAGAUAACUUCCUCGUCGGCGGCAGCAAGACACAGAUCCUCACCAUCAUGAACGCCGCCCUCGCCAUCUGGGAGGGCCUUACCAACCCUUCUUCACAACGCACGCCGUACUGGCAACUCAGUCGCAACCAAAAAUACGCCCAAGAAACUUCAGCUGCUGGCGGCGAGCCGGGUUUCGUGCUCAGCUACGCCAAAUUCGUCAGCGGUGGUGCGAUGGUGUUUGCGCUGAGCGGUGGGCUGAUUGGGGUGGCGCCUGCGACUGUUGAGCCUGGGGACCGUGUGGUACUGGUAAUUGGAAGUCGACUGCCAGUGGUACUGAGGAGGGCUGCCGGGGGCUACUGGGUGUUUAGGGGGUUUGUUUGGGUGCAUGGACUGGUGGGUGGAGGGUUCAUGGAGCAGAUCAUGAGAGGAAGGGUUGGGGAGGAGAGGUUUUUGCUGUGCUAG